AUGUGGAAGUUAGAUAUCUCUCAAAGAAUUAAGUUAUUUUUAUGGAAAUGCUUACAAAAUGCUUUGCCUGCAAAUUCUAAACUAUUUGGAAAAGUUAAAGAUGUUGUUCCUCAUUGUACCAUGUGUGGGGUAGAAAUUGAAACAACUGAACAUCUUCUAUUUCACUGUCCUUAUGCUAAGGAAGUGUGGAACUCAUCACCUUAUCCUAUCUCUUUGACUCUAGAUACCUCCAGUAAGAUUUUAGAUCUUUGCAAAGACUGGCUCAAUAACCCUAGGAAAGAAAUAUCUAUUGAAUUAAUUCUUACUAAGAUGUGGUUUACUUGGAAAGAGAGAUGCAAUAGGGUUUUUGAAGACAAAGCUAAAACUGCAAUUAGUAUGGCCAUAGAAAUUCAGAGGCAUAUUUAUUUUUGGUCUAAAAGAAGUUGUAAACCUAAAAAAACUAAGCAGGUUCAAAAGAAGAAAGCUUCCCCUAUUUGGAAAUCACCACAAAAAGAUUCCCUAAAAAUCAACGUAGAUGCGGCAUGGAUUUCUGAAACUUUACCAUCUGGUUAUGCCUUAGUUAUGAGAAAUGGUGUAGGACCUUUUGAAGGAGGAAGAGCAGGACAGUCAGCUGGUUCAGAUCCUCAAGAAGCAGAAGCUAUAAGAGUGUUGCAGGCAACAGUUUGGGCUAAGGAGAAGAAUAUUAAGAAUUUUAGCAUCGAGGGGGACUGUGAAAGACUUUUCAACUACUUUCAUAGAAAUAACUCAGAUAUUUCUUGGCGUGCUAAAGCUUGUCUUGAUGAGUUAAAUAUGAUAGAAAAUCUUUGCACUAAUUUUUGGGGAUUUUAUUUUGUUCCUAGACUAGGAAAUAUGGCCGCGGAUACUUUAGCCAAGUUUAUAAGGACAACAAAUUCUGCUUUAGAUUUGGAGAUCACGCCUCCACUCUAUAUUAUGCAUCAACUAUCAAUAGAUAAAUCUAAUAUUGAGAGACCUACUCAAGGCUCCAGAUUAGACGGCUCUACUUCUAUUGUAAUGUCGACUCACUUUGAGUCUUAA